AUGAAAAUCGAAUAUAAUCAAGAAACAAAAAUCUGGAAAUCUUUGAAUUAUCCUCAUGUGGAAUAUGUUAAACAUUUUAUAGGAGAAGCGUUUUUGGAAAACUUUAAGAAAGUUCCAGGAGACAAGGUCUUAGAAUGGCAUUAUGAUACCGGUUUGGCAAAGACUAUGGAUGAUAUUUAUCGAGAUUCGGUAACAGUGGCCAUAAAUUUGCAGAGAUUGGGUGUGAAAAAGGGUGAUGUGGUGGUGUUUUAUUCCAUGGUUAAUUGCAAAGUUAGUAGUUUGGCCAUGGGAGCCUUAAUGUUGGGGGCUGUAGUGAAUUUUUUCGAAACUACUUUCCAAAAAGAGGCUGCUAAAUAUACUUUGAAUUUAUUAAAUCCCAACGUUUUGCUGUAUGAAGAAAAAUUUAAAUCGGCUAUUUUGGAUAUUUCAAAGGAUAUAAAGCUGCCUAAUCUUAAAUAUCAAAUAUCCAUUGAUGGCAAGUCUGGUGUUAAUGUGGACAAUGUUUUGUUUAAAAGUAUUUCAUCCUUUACCCAGGACAAUUUUCGCCUGCCAAAUUUGGGUGAUCCUCAAACUCAUACAGCCUUUUUAUUGUUUACCUCUGGCUCUACAGGUCUGCCAAAAGCUGUAGCCCUUAGUCAUGCUCAAAUGUUGCAUGGUGUGGUAUCAUUUUGGUCUCAACCCAAUGGCAGCUCAAUAUUAACUCCAGAUGCCAUAAUAUUUUCCUUAAGUCCCAUACGCUGGAUCAGUCAAGUAGAUCUAAUGCUGCAGUCUUUAUUAAUGGGCAUAAAGAGGGUCUAUGCUAGUGGUUUUCCGGCCGGAGAAUAUGGUCGAGAGGUUGUGAGGCAGGGUAAAGUAACGCACUUCUUUAGCCCGCCUUCCGUGUUUAAGGAAAUCAUACUUUCUAUAGCAGCCAAUGACUUAGAGGCUUUGAAUUCCGUAAAAGUCAUUUAUUUGGGUGGAGAAGAUCCUGGUCAAACUAUCAUAGAUAUGGCCGGUAAGUUGGCUCCUCAGGCCACUAUAAUGCGCUGUUAUGGCAUGACAGAAUUGGCAGGUUUAACAUCUUGUGAUCAGCAUAUCAAUGGUGGCUAUAUAGUUCCGGGUGUAGAAGUCAAAAUGUUGGAUGAUAAUUUAAAAGCCGUAGGACCCAAUCAAAAAGGCCAGUUGUGCAUGCGUUUACCCAUGCCAUUUAUGGGUUAUCAUAAAAUCGAUAACAGUAAAAUCUACUACAGUGAUGGUUUCCUCAAUACCGGAGAUUAUGGUUACAUGGAUGAUAAUAAAGCCUUGCAUAUCAUGGCUAGAUAUAAGGAUUUGGUGAGAGCCAAAGAGGUUAUAUUAAUACCCAGUGAAGUAGAGAAAUUAGUUUGUACUCUAUCCAGCAUAUUUGCCUCAACAUUAGUGGGUUAUCGCACUUCCAAUACGGAUGUAGAGGAUAAAGGAGCUUUGUACAUUGUUAAACAAUUGCAAAACAUUAAGGCAAAUGAAAACCGAAAGCAGCAGCAGCGCCAACCCGAUGAGAAGAUGGAGCUGGUGGAAGAGGUUCAGGAUAAGGAAAAAGAGAAUGAAGUGCUGAAAGUUGAAGUUAAAAAAUUACUAGAAAAUCAUUUGAAAUGCAAUGAAUCGUGCAUAAUACGCCUCGUUAACAUUAUUGAAAAACUUCCACUGACGUCAUGUGGAAAAGUGGAUAAACCAGCUUUAAUUCAAUUGGCAAAAUCAUUGGAUAUGGAGUAA